UCUCGAGCUUUAUUUUCGUGUAACCUUCCUCGCUGUACUUCUUCCUCUGGCCUCAGAGCUUUUCUCGCUGUACUUGUACAUCUUGCCACAGGAGCAUGCGUUGAUUUAGAUCUUGGAUUGGGAACUGAGACAAUUCCAAAUAGUGACAUAACCUCUUCUUCUGAACAAAAUGCCAACACUCCAGCCGAGCAUGGUCGACUGAACUACACAUUAGGAUCAUCAUGGUGUGCAGGAACAACUGACACUAACCCAUACCUACAGAUUGAUCUAAAGUCACUUCAUAUCAUCUGUGCUGUGUCUACUCAAGGGAAUUCUCAAACAGAUCAGUGGGUGAAGAACUACACACUUCAAAUAUCAACAGAUGGGACAGCUUGGGUAGACUACAAGGAAGGUGGACAAGUCAAGUUUCUGAGAGGAAAUGCUGACAGGAACUCAGAGGUGAAGCAUGUUGUUUACAGAGUAUUAACAAGAUAUUUACGGUUCCUGCCACAAACACACCAGGGUGGUGUGUGUAUGAGAACAGAAGUAUUUGGAGUAAAACAAGAGCAAACCUGUAAAUCGGCAGCCAUUGGUUUGGCCUUUAAUGGUACAAUUCCAGACAGCAGCUUCUCUGCCUCAUCGUCUUUUAGCAAUAGUUAUAGACCCUCUUUUGGUCGACUGAAUAGAACAAAUGGGGGUUGGGGACCCAAGACUACGACCAAUCCUGCUGACUACUUACAAAUUGACCUGCUGUAUGAGUACGUCAUCUGUGCUGUAGCUACCCAAGGAGACAAUGGUGUAGACGAGUGGACAACAAACUACAAGGUUCAGUUAUCAAUGGAUGGUAUCACUUUUGUCACUUACCAAGAAAGCAAUGUUGUCAAGGUAGGUUUACAUGAAGGUCAUGCGCAGAUAUAUCAGAUAUAUGAAAAAAGCCAAAAAUAUAAGUGUCUUAGAACACUAAUUCAACUUUUGAGUCAGGAGGAGGUACACAAAAGAAGUGUAUACCUGGUCAAAACUCAGCCUCAGUUAGCUUUUUCAGUAAAAAACUCAGCAAAAUUACAAACCUAUGAACUGUUUAGAACAAAAGAGAGGAAAUAUCAACUACAGUUAUUAUCAACACAAGAAUACUAA